AAGAGUCGGAAAAUUUUGUUAAAAACGGGUUUUGAGACGAGUGUUGGUCUGGAGUCUGCUGGGACUCGGAAGAGAUAGCUGAUGUUUACUUCGUGUCUUGCUGAGGAACAGAGGAGCAUAUUUCUCUUCUUUGCCACUGGAAAAAUGAUUUGUGUGAUGAGAAAAUGAGGAUGCUUUCUGGCUGAAUAUACUUAGCAACUUUUCAUCUCCAGAAACAAACAUAAUUGGGUGUCGUGAGUCAUGGGAAGCUUCAAGGGCCAUGCGCUCCCUGGAAGCUUCUUUCUGGUAGCUGGGAUCUGGUGGACAGGAAAGCACUCACUCUGGCACGCCACCCGCAGGAACAAGAACAUAGGCUCCACUCGGCUGGCCAGCAGAGCCUCACAGCGCCGCCUGGAGAUCAUCGAAAGCUCUGUCAUACUCUUCUUCUCUUUUGUUGGGAUGCUGGCAGAGCAGUUUGUAGCAGAUGGACCGAGACUCCAGUUGUAUGACUUUGCAGAGAAACACUGGGAACAUCUGAUGAACUGGCAGCAUGCCACCAUGUAUCUGUUCUUUGGCCUGGCUGGGACUGUGUCUCUGAUCAUCCACAUCACAGAGGCUGCUCCACUGGCACUGGAUAGGUUAAUGCUGGCUAUUGCUUUCUUUAAUGAAGGAUUUCUUUUCCUCUACCACCUCCACGGCAGGAGUAUGCUGGACGUCCAUGUACAUCAGCUCCUUCUCUAUGCAGUCUUUGGCGAUGCUCUUGUUGCCUUACUGGAGGUCUUCCACCGAGGUAACAUCAUUCUGGAGCUGCUGCGCUGCACCCUCGCUCUCCUGCAGGGAAGCUGGUUCUGGCAGAUUGGUUUUGUGCUGUACCCUCCCCAUGGCCCUGAGUGGGACCUAAAGGAUCAUAACAACAUGAUGUUCGUCACCAUGUGCUACUCCUGGCACCUCGCCUUCGCCAUGGUCGUCGUGGGCGUGCUCUAUUGCACCGUCAGCUGUGUGGUUCGCUCCAGAUUGAAGAGGACUCCUCCAAUGGAAAUGGGACUCCUGAAGCCCAGAGAGAGGGAUCCGGAGUCAGACGAUGAGAUUUUAUGAAGAGGACUGUUGUACACCUACAUUGUGACUCAUGUAUAUAUCACAAUUAAAUCAGGGAUAUGAUGUUUGCAGUUCCAGCAGCAGUACAACUAGAAGCAAAGCAUGCAGACAGAAAAGGGAUAAGGACAAGUUUCUGGAUGCUUUACUUUAGAAAUAUAUCUCUACCUCUGCCUUAUUUAAUCAGCUGUAACCCCUUUUAGCCUUACUCUCAUUGUGCGUUGCUAUUUAUUUUACUGUGGCCUAAUACUUUUCACAUACUCUGUCAUAUCAUUUGUUUUCAUUAUGAAAUUGCACAUGUACUAUAAGUGAACACGAAGAUUUGAGCUUUUUUAUGGAUUGCAUGAUUUUCAUUUGACCAGACAAACUUUUCUUGUCAGACAUUUUGGUGUUCAGCAGUGCCAUCUUGUGGUGAAAACAAUUGCCAGUACAUCAUAUAUUACUUGAAAGCAUGUCUUAAAAAUAUUUUACGUGGCUUUUUUUUUUUUUGUUUCAUAAUGUUAGGAAGCUGAGUCACACAAAUGCCAAAAAAUAAGAAUUGUAUUAAAAUUGUUUGCUAUUUGACAUUACAGAUAAUAUUAUGGUUGCCA